AUGGCAAAUGGCCGGGCAAAGAAAGAAGAAGUGGACUACGAUCACGGAUGGAAAGAGUUCCUCUACAACAAGCGACGUGGUACCUGCCUGGGUAGAACUUCGAAGAGUUGGUUCCAAAUUACCGUGUUCUACAUCAUCUUCUACGCCCUUUUGGCGGCGUUCUGGGUGGGAUGCCUGGCCAUUUUCCUCGGCACCCUCGACGACAAGGUCCCCCGCUUCUACGGCAAGGGCACGAUUAUUGGCAUUAACCCCGGUGUCGGCUACCAGCCAUGGCUGAAGGAGAACCCCGACUCAACGCUGAUCAAGUUCAACUUGAAAAACCCCGAGUCGUGGAAGCCGUACGUUGACCAGUUGGACGGCUAUUUGAGCAAGUACAAGAACACCAACGGAACCCGCGAAUGCGUCGGGGACGACAACAACAGCAACCUGCUCGCCGACGGCAGCGCAGCCAGGCCCUGCCGCUUCUCGCUCGCCGACUUCGACAAGGCCGGCUGCUCGGCCGCCAAGCAGUACGGUUUCAAGGAGGGCAAGCCGUGCGUCGUGCUGUCACUCAACCGUCUGAUCGGCUGGAGCCCGGUCGAUUUCGCGCCCAAUUCGGUGCCCGAGCAGGUCCGCGACCGCUACAAGAACGGCUCCAUUGCCCUUCACUGCGACGGAACUACCAACGUCGACAAGGAGCACAUUGGCAAGACGACGUACGUCCCCAAGGAGGGCAUCAGCGGCAAAUUCUACCCGUACAUCUUUGUCGACAACUACCACCAACCCAUUGCCAUGGUCCGCUUCGAAACCUUGCCACGAAACAAGCUGGUGCUCGUCGAGUGCCGUGCGUACGCCCUCAACAUCGAGCACGACAUCACCUCCCGAUUGGGCCUCGUCCAUUUCGAGCUGUUCGUCCAGGACAAGAAGGAG